AUGGAGAACAAGCACAUUUCGCAGGUGAGCGACCUUGAACGGAACUCUACGCCUUUGAACAUCAGGCCAGCGUCGCCAUACACGUUGAAUCCUCCUGUGGAGAAAGAUGGGUUGUCGUGGCCUAGUAUUGGGGCUCGCAAGAGGGUUGAUGAAAGCGAAGAAGAAGAGCAGGCUCGAGCAGAUAGAAUUGCGGAGGCUGUGAAGACGAUUUUGCAGGAGCUCGGGGAGGAUACGUCGCGUGAAGGGUUACUGGAUACUCCACAACGGUAUGCGAAGGCGAUGUUGUUCUUUACGAAGGGGUAUCAGGACAAUAUUUUGGAUGAUGUGAUCAAGAAGGCGGUCUUUGAAGAAGAUCACGAUGAAAUGGUUAUUGUGCGGGAUAUUGAGAUCUUCUCGCUUUGUGAGCACCAUUUGGUGCCCUUCUUCGGGAAGGUGCACAUUGGGUACAUUCCUAAUAAGAAGGUGUUGGGGUUGUCGAAGUUGGCGCGGUUAGCGGAGAUGUAUGCCAGACGGUUCCAGGUGCAAGAACGGUUGACGAAACAGAUUGCGAUGGCUUUGAGCGAUAUCUUGAAGCCACGCGGUGUGGCGGUUGUGAUUGAGGCGACGCACAUGUGCAUGGUGUCGCGUGGAGUGCAAAAGACUGGUUCUUCUACGGUGACGUCGUGUAUGCUGGGCUACUUGAGAGAGUCGCACAAGACCAGAGAAGAGUUUUUGAACUUGUUGGGCAGGAGAAGCUAG